AUGGUUUCUCAGGGGAUUCAGAUCAUUGGUAUAUCGAUGGCCGUGAUUGGCUGGUUCAUGGUCAUCGUGGUGUGCGCCUUACCCAUGUGGAAGGUCACUGCUUUCAUCGGAGCCAACAUCAUCACGGCUCAGACCAUCUGGCAGGGCAUGUGGAUGAACUGUGUGGUGCAGAGUACAGGCCAGAUGCAGUGCAAGGUGUAUGACUCCAUGCUGGCUCUGCCCCGGGACCUGCAGGCCGCUCGUGCCAUGAUCGUCAUCUCCAUCAUGACUGGAAUCUUUGGAGUGAUCUUGUCAAUCGCUGGUGGGAAAUGCACCAACUGCAUCGAGGAGGAGCGAUCCAAGGCGAAGGCUUGCAUCCUGGCUGGAGUUCUGUUCAUCGUCUCGGGGUUGCUCUGCAUCAUUCCAGUCUCCUGGUCUGCCAACACCAUCAUCACCAACUUCUACAACCCGCUGUUGAUCGAAGCCCAGAGGUACGAGUUAGGAGCGGCACUGUAUAUCGGCUGGGCAGCUGCUGCCCUGCUGCUGUUAGGAGGGGGUCUACUGUGCUGGAACUGCCCCCCCAAACAUCAACACCCCCACUACGUACCCAAAUUCAGACCUGUGAAGACGGUCUCCACAUCAAGAGAAUACGUAUAA